AUGACGGCAGAACCUCUGCAAACAAAGCAAACUCUACACCCAACCGUACAGAGCUCCCAUCGCAAUCAUUCAACCUACCUCUCAAUCCUGCGUGCCAUGUCUCUUCCCGGUUUAGAUCUCACCCAACCUUCGGCGGAGAGGGAGUUUGCGCCCGCUCCGCCGUCACAGAUAACUCUGUCCGCGGGCUCGGAGUGGAGAUUCGAGGUUGCCUUCGGGACGACAGUACGGGUAAAGCUCAUCUCCGGCACGGCAGAACUCUUCGGGACAGAACUCGCCCCGUCUCAAACCUACACAUUCUGCGGCACCAAAUCCGCAAUCUACACCUGGCAUGGAUGCGAACUCGAGGUCGGCGCGGGAGACGCAAUCUCCGCACUGGAGGCGACAGGGAUGAACGGCGCAGCGACGGCGCAGGGAUUCGGCGCGGGCGGAUGUCAGAGCGAGUACACAGCAGAGGAGACGCCGAUGGUGGAAUACGCGAACGUACAUUUUGCGUUGGAGACGAUGCGGCAGGAGGCCAAAGCGACGGGGAAGGAUGGCCCGCGCGUACUGAUUCUCGGUCCUGAGGACGCCGGGAAGACCAGCCUGUCGAAGAUCCUGACCGCCUAUGCGACCAAGAUCGGGCGCCAGCCCAUCGUCGUCAACUUGGAUCCGGCCGAGGGCAUGCUGAGUGUGCCGGGCACGCUGACGGCCACGGCGUUCCGCACGAUGAUGGACAUUGAGGAGGGAUGGGGAAGUAGCCCCAUGUCCGGGCCGAGUGCUGUGCCCGUCAAGCUGCCGCUGGUAUACUUCUAUCCGAUGCAGAACCCGCUCGAAGGAGAUGGGUCUGUCUAUCGCUCGAUUGUGUCGAGGCUGGCGCUGUCGGUUAUGGGGCGUAUGGCGGAGGAUGAGGAUUCGAGGGAGACGGGCAUCAUUGUGGACACACCUGGAGUGUUGAGCCAGAGUAAGGCGGGGAGUUUGGAGAUGAUCAACCAUAUUGUUACGGAGUUUUCCAUUACGACGAUACUUGUGAUCGGCUCGGAGCGACUGUACAGCACGAUGAUGAAGAACUACGAUAACAAACCGACUUCCAGCGCGUCGGCUGUAGCGUCGGACGAGCGUAUCUCCGUCGUGAAGCUGUCCAAGUCUGGAGGAUGUGUUGACCGCGACGCGGCCUUCAUGAAGCAUGUACGCGAGUCCCAGAUCCGGACGUACUUCUUCGGCAACCCGAUCCCGUCGACAGCGUCCGCGGCUCUCUCGGUCUCCGCGUCGUCGACCACGAAUGUGACCCUCUCCCCACACGCCCAGCAGCUCGACUUCAACUCGCUCGGCCUCUACAACUACAACAUCACAUCGACUGAGGAAGACGAGGAUGAAUACGACCCCGCGCAGUUUGGCGCUAGUGACGCAUUCCUUCCUGGCGGAGCCAAUGACGCAGAGCAGGGCGCGUCCCAACAGGACGAGAACCCCUCUGCGACGCCGUUACCGGGCAUCGUGUCAUCUAUCGAAAGUGCCGUUCCGUCCGGCGCUUCGAACGUGCCCUUGAAGAAACUCUUACCACCGGCGCCCUCUGCGCUGGCAAACUCCCUCCUCGCUAUCACACAUGUGCCGCCGACGGCCACCCCGUCCGAGAUCCGGGACUCCAGUAUCAUGGGGUUCUUGUAUGUGGCGGAUGUGGAUAGCGAAAAGGGGAAGAUUCGGGUGUUGGCUCCUGUGGGAGGACGGGUACCGCCGCGGGCAAUUGUCUGGGGGAAGAGAUGGCCUGGGGAAGUCGUGGGAUUGGUAGGCUAG